AGCAGCCGUUAUUCAAGUUCAAAUUAAAUUAUCAAACCAAUAUGAAAAUUAUAAAUCAAUUAAAAGGCAUGUAUAUAUAGGCCUAUAGCCAAAUGGUUAGGACCAGAAGAGAAGUCGAAACUCGUUUUUCAAAAAUUGCACUUUACAUUAAAUACAUAACGGAAUAAUUACAAAGACAAUUUUUUAUAAAGAAAUAGAAACAAGUAAAAGAUCAUAAAAUACGUACACAUUCAAGAAGCAAUUACGAUGCAGGGACCCAUGCAAACAUACCGCAUACACACACACCCUCACACACGCAACCGACGCACACCUCCUCACACACUCAGAGCAAGAUCCUAUAUUUCAUUAAGUAGUUUGUUUUAAGUUUCUUUAAUCUACUGUAGAUGGUGUAGCACUAUCCUGGAUUGAAUUCUGUUAUUUAUUCCAAUAUUUGAUACAACUGGAGGAAAGAGAGAUUGCAAAUUACCGCAUGAAUUAAACAACACAACUGCGAGAAGCUAGGAGCGGGAAUUUUACUCAUAUUGUUAGCAAAAUAAUAAUGGCCGCACUCCUUGCUUUUAAUGAACGUCGUCAAAACAUUUUGUUACUUUCAACAAUUACAUAAUCCAUGCAUAUGGAAUCUUAAGAUAUAUGUAAGGAAGGUGUGUCUAUUUUGUUUAUAGAAAGACCUGUCUUAAAAAUGAUACUCGACUGUAUCAGUGUGUUAUAAAGUUAAAGGGAUAGUAUUCAAUUCGUCACAUUAAUUCUUAUACAUGACCAAUGCCAUUUUUCCUGAAUUCAAUGGUGAAAAGACAAAAUGACAAUAUCUGGACAGAGAUUUAAUCCCUGUCAUGCCUGUUGUAUCUGCAAAAGAGGUAUGAUAUUUUACAAAAGGGUAGUAAGAUCCUUCAUUUUUAAUCAAAUAAGUGACAAAUUUACCAAUAUGUCCGCGUCUGCUAGAAAGAAUUUUAUAAUUUUACCAAAUUCCUAUUUCAGACAUACCGGUACUUUCACUCAUACCAAAAAUAUUUCUUGACUUCCAUCUUCCCUUGCAUGUACACACUUCAGAGGUCUCAUUCUGACAUUCUCGGCUUAUAUCUCCACUAUGCAGGUUUUCCAGCUAACAUCGGUGGGACAUGCACGCCAGAACAGACUUGCAGUGGCCAAUGUCCAUGGACAGAAGGAAAUAGCGGGCGCCCUCCACUCUGCUUCUGUGACCAAGAUUGUCCAUUCUUCAACGAUUGCUGCAAAGACCACACCCAGUGCAGUCGCUACAGGACUCACGUUAGUGCUAUCCACUCACAAACACCCUCAAUUACAAGCACAAAUGUUACAUACAGCUGCGUCAGGGUGCGGAACUUCGUCGACAAAAAGGAGUGGCAGAUCAUCAGUGCCGGAAGGCCAGUCGAAAAGCUGCAAUAUGGAUAUUACAUUAUUGCAUCUUGUCCUACAAAGAUGUCUUCAGACACUGAUAGGAACUAUCGCAAGAUGUGUGAAGAUGAAAACCGCGACGUCAUAUUAAAUACACCUGUCUACGACCAUCAGGGACUCACGUAUAAGAAUAUGUUUUGCGCUCUCUGUAAUGGCUUGAGCAUACAGAAUAUUAAAUCCUGGAACGUUGAGUUUUCCAAAUGCAAUUCAUCAUUUAACAGUACUGGGUUAUGGACAGUAAACUCCGAAAUAGGGACUUCGGGUACGUUUACAAAGUGGGUGUCACUUGCAACAAAAUACUGCGAUGUAACUGUGACUGAACCAGCCAAAGCGAAACCCCUCCGCCGGUGCUUUCCAAAUCUUGUUUCUAAUUGUCCGAGUAGUUUCUUUGACCAGCGGAUUAGGACUUUGUGUCGGAGAUACCAGUCUGUAAUAGCAGCAAAUGGAAUCUACUACAGGAACAAGUACUGCGCUCAGUGUAACCUAGGCGUCGAAGUGCGAUGCAACAUUGUGCGGUAUGACCCACCUCAAAUCAGAUUUUACUCACUGAGGAUAGUAGCCGACUUCUCAAAGGGUGACUAUUACGUUAUAAAUCACGAGGGAGAAAGAUCGCUGGGAUUCCCACCUUGUCCCAAUCAGGAUCAAAUCUUUGACAUCUUUCUUGAGAAAUGUCGUGUAGUCAAUUGCGCAAAGGGAUAUCUUACCCCAUUUGGUGACUGUAUCAAGAUUCCCUCGACGAUUCCAACAUCAUGUGGACCAUUCAGGAAUACAAAGAGUGUUCGUAUCGAAACUCAGAUAUCCAACAAGUUUGACUUCAGAUCUAACGAGUGCUCUGAUAUGAUAGACUGGUGGUUGACAUGUGUUUCAGAAGUCCAGAGAGUGCGCUUAUCCUUCACUUUGAAUGAUCUUGUGGGGGAAUGUUCCGUUGACAAUAUUUACAAGAUAGCUAAUAUGUCAAUCACUACCACGAACAGCAGCGACCCAAGGGUGUCGACAUCAUUAUUGGGUCUUAUCAAUACCUUCAAAUCUCAACUGGAAAUCCAGUCAUUACCAUGCCAAACCUUAAACGUAGAUUUCCAACAAGGGUGCUUGUCUCUUCAUCGUGACCUCAUCGGGGCGGGAAAAUGUCGAGACGUCACCAUGAACUCUUCCCGAUCAGUAGAAUUCAAUGUCACUGAAAACCAGACGAGUGUUCCAACAAAUCUUAACGUUAGCUACCAGGCAAAGAUUCUUCAGAAUCUUAUAUAUGUAACGAGUUUCACGGAAACAGGUACCCAGGUACAUACGAGGCAAAGAGUUAUGGCAUGCAACCGUUUAGCGUUGGAUCAUGUGCCUUGUCCAGUAGACUCGGCGCCUUAUAGUGACUUCAUAGUCGUUCCUGUAAAAAACGGCCGGGAACGACUUAAAUACCUGCCGACGGAGAAAAUCAUCAAAGCUAAUCAAUAUGAGAUUACAGCAAAUGGAACAGUCUUGGUGUGCCACGGUGUCCUGGGGAAUACUUCGGCGUCCAUAUCCGAAGAAAGGAUACCUAUCUUCAGUUUUUCUUCUGCAGAGAUCCUUGUCAGUUGCUUCGGAUUAGGGCUUUCCUUGAUAAGCAUGCUCAUUACUUUCACAACCUACUUAGUGUUUCCCUCCAUGCGGAACCUUCCUGGUAAGACCGUUAUGUCUCUCAUUGUUGCUCUUUUCGUAGGUCAAGGGUUGUUCCUCUUCGGGGUUGGUGAGACACAGAACGAUACAAUCUGUACCGUGAUAGCCAUCAUUCUGCACUACGCUUGGCUCAGUGCCUUCACCUGGACCAAUGUUCUUGCUUUUCACCUGUCACAGAGCCUAGGAACAAGAGCAGGCUCCAUGAGGAAGCGUUUCGUGAUGGGCUCCAAGAUCUACAAGACAUUCCUUUUGUACUGCGCCUAUGGCUGGGGAGCACCUCUCGUUGUUGUUCUAGUUAGUGUCGCGGUUGAUUUCUGGAGCAAUGCAGAUUUCCAGUACGGGACCAUAGCGAGCUGUUGGAUUACUGGAGGUCUCGCGAACCUUUUAGCCUUCGGAGUACCCGUUGGCUUGACGUUGCUGGUCAACGUUGCUAUGUUCACUAACAUUGUAAGUGGGUUCCUCUCAAGAAGAACGCCGAGAAGUGGUCUGGAAGACGAGAGAAGGAGAAGGAGAAAAACGAGAAGAGAUACGAUGGUCUCAUUCAAGAUCGCCUUAUUAAUGGGGUUCACUUGGCUAUUCGCCUACAUCGCCGCUUGGGCAGCUAUAACGGUUCUCUGGUAUGUCUUCAUCUUGUUAAAUAGCCUUCAAGGUGUCUACAUCCUAACCGCAUUCACCUGUAAUAGAGGCACGUGUAAACUCUGGAGCACAAAAGUGAACAGAUUCCGUGAGAGAUGUUCCAAGAUGGUGACACGUACUACCAACAAUUCGAGUGGGCAUCACCGGUGCAUACGGGAAGAUGGGAGUCGCGAUGAACUCAGCGGUGACAUCUGCCAGGGCGAAGAAGCUAUGGAAGAGUGCAAGUUAAAAUUGAAAUGCAAUGAAGAUGCAGAACCUGACGCAGACAUUGAUGGAGCUCCUGAAUUAUCAAUCACACCAGUGUGAUCAAUGACUUGGCCUUUCGGGUUUCAUCGGUCGUCAGCCUUGCAGUUGGACAGUAUAGGACUGCACCGUGAAAAAGAUCAAAAGUACUGUUUCCAAAGAGAAGCGAUGAUACGGUAUAGAAUGAGCACUUCCAUUGACGAGUGGAUACCAUGCGCGACCAUGGGGUCUC